AUGGCUGCCACUUGGCCCACUUCAAAGGAUCGGGUGAAAUUUUCAGGUUUUUUUGGGUUUGAGUCAAUUGGUGGAUUCAGGGAUUUUGAUACAUCGAAAUCGACCCAACCAACAAAAUUGAAAACGCAAACAGCUAUGGCACCUUCCAAAGUGAGCUUGAAGCUCUUCAUAGACAAAAGGAGUAACCGAGUUCUCUUCGCCGAAGCAGGCAAGGAAUUCAUCGACUUCCUCUUUAACUUUCUCACCCUGCCGGUCGGAACUCUCGUUCCACUUCUUAAUCGAGAAGUAUUGGGCAGCUUCCAAAACAUUUACCAGAGCAUUCCAAAUUUUGGUGAUGCUUACCUCCAACCAAAUUUUAUCAAAGACACUCUCCUGAAGCCCAAAGUUUAUGUCCCUCGUGGUUGUUCAGACUCUCUCCAAUUGCCAAACGUGGAAUUAUCAACACCAAGGAAAUACUAUGGGUGUUGUAAUAAUCACAAGUACGUGUCUAACGAUAAAAUUUUAGUCUGUCCUUCGUGCCGGUCUUCAAUGAGCUGCUAUGGUGAAAUUGUAGACAUAUCAAUACCUUCCUCUGUUGAGGGAGGGUACGUGAAAGAGUUGGUUACGUACAUGGUGAUGGAUGAUCUAGAGGUGAAACCGUUGUCCUCGAUUGUGUCUAUCGGCACUAUGCUUAACAAGUUGAAUGUCAAGGACAUAGGGUCUCUUGAGGAAAACGUUGUCAAUUUGAGCAUGGAUGUGUCCCCAUUCUUUUUACGUAAUAAUUAUGUUCUUUCCAUUGUUGAAAAUUAUAACACGCUCUUUAUAAUUGAGAAUGAGGUGUUAUUAGCAAUGGCAUCCUCCAAAGUGAGCUUGAAGCUCCUAAUUGACACAAAGGAAAACAAAGUCCUAUUUGCAGAAGCUGGAAAGGACUUUGUUGAUUUCCUUUUUAACCUUCUUUCUCUGCCAGUCGGAACUAUAAUUCGUCUAAUGACCAAGAAUAGCAUGGUGGGUUCCCUAGGCAAUUUGUAUGAGAGCAUUCAAACUCUCAGCGAGGUGCAUCGUGGACCUGACUCAGCAAAAUAA